CCCUCCCCAUCCAUGGACGAAAAGCCUCUCCUUGUCUCGAGCCUCAAGGAGGACAUGUGCAUCGACAUCGGGGAUGACCCCAUCUUCUCCUACGAGCCGCAUUCGAUUGCCACUACCAGGGCCAGGAUCUCGACGACAUAUUCCCCAUCCUCGCCCCGCACCCUCAGAGUCACCCUCAGAGUUAUCUCCGUACAUCGCCUCGAUUGGGUGGCGGCAUUGGUAGGCGGGAGAUCUCGAAACAGUGGGAGAUUUAGGGCCCUGGUGAGCUUCGCCGUCGCCUACCCAGACCAAUUCUACGCCGCCAUGGCCUACACCGGCUUCGGCGCCAGAUGGGUCCUUCGUCCUCCACCGCCAUCAUAUCUCACUUCCAGAACAACGUCGCUAUCCUCCUCUAUGACCUAUACCGACAGGUGAUUUGUGAUUGAAAGGCAUGACUGUUUCUUACGGUCAGGAUCUGUACCCUCAUCAUAGGCUUAUGGCCUGGAUGUGUUUAGAGCUUUGGACAUACGCGUACAUCAUCAUGGCCGCCGCUAGACAAGUGGAGUGAGCAGAAUCCUAUGAUUGCAAGCCACUUCACUACUGAUGUUUAGGCCUGCAAUCAGGCUAUUACAGAGGGUGAUUCCUAAAUUUCUAUUUUAGUGGUGCAAUGUUUACAAAGAUCGGAAUCUGCGGUAACAUAGCAUUUGGACAGUGCAAGCAUAUGCAGGAAAAAAGUCGUUGCGUUUACUUGUGUUUAUUGAUUUUCAGGUGGAUCUACCUUUCUUAUACUGCAACAAGCGGGACAAUAAAUCCCUCUUCCUGGCGCUGUGGUUAUGCAGAAGCUGAGCUACCAAGAGAAAAGUCCAUACCUUUCCCCAUGAAGAUGGUUCUUUGAAGAUUCUUCAGUUCAACAUAGAUUCAGGUACCUGUUGUCUUCUCUGUGUGGUUUUUUCACUUAUGAUCUGAGC